UGCAACCCCUCAAACUAGUAAUAGGGUUUAAGUUUCUGAAGCCGGCCAUUUCCUGUUCUUCUUCUACAUCUUCUUCUUCAAUUGGGAUGGAGAUAGAUUUGGGAAAGCUUCCAUUUGACCUGGAUUUUCAUCCUUCUGACCAGCUCGUCGCCGCUGGACUCAUUUCGGGAGACCUGCUCCUAUAUCGUUAUGCUGCUGAUUCUACACCACAAAGGCUGUUGAAAGUUGAUGCUCACACUGAAUCAUGUCGAGCUGUCCGCUUUAUCAAUGAGGGUCGUGCCAUUGUGACGGGUUCCCCAGAUUGUUCUAUUCUUGCAACAGAUGUUGAAACUGGAUCAGCAAUUGCUCGUCUAGAGAAUUCUCAUGGGGCUGCUGUGAAUAGGAUAGUCAAUCUAACAGAAUCAACCGUUGCAUCCGGAGAUGAUGAUGGUUGUGUUAAGGUAUGGGACACCAGACAACGGUCUUGCUGCAAUUCUUUUGAGGCUCAUGAAGAAUAUAUUUCAGAUAUGACAUUUGCCUCUGAUUCUAUGAAACUCUUAGCGACAAGUGGCGAUGGAACUUUAUCAGUUUGCAAUCUCCGAAGCAACAAGAUUCAAACUCAAUCAGAGUUUUCUGAAGACGAAUUGCUGUCUGUGGUGAUUAUGAAGAAUGGUCGAAAAGUUAUAUGUGGGACACAGACUGGAACUCUAUUGCUGUAUUCGUGGGGAUUCUUCAAGGAUUGCAGUGACCGGUUUGUUGAUCUGUCUCCAAAUUCUGUUGAUGCCUUGUUAAAGCUUGAUGAAGAUAGGGUAAUAACUGGAUCCGAGAAUGGACUUAUCAGCCUGGUUGGAAUAUUGCCAAACAGAAUAAUUCAGCCAAUUGCAGAGCAUUCAGAAUAUCCUAUUGAGCGUCUUGCUUUUUCUUAUGAUAGAAAGUUUCUUGGCAGUAUAUCACAUGAUCAGAUAUUAAAGCUGUGGGAUCUGGAUGAUUUACUGCAAGGUUCUGGAAAUUCCAAGACUCAGUCAGCUGUUGCAGACAGUGAUAGUGACGAGAUGGAUGUGGAUGAUGCAAUGGCAAAAUCUUCCAAGGGCACCAAGAUGAAAAACACAAGUAAAGGACAAGAUUUUAGCAACACGAGCAACUUUUUUGCUGAUUUGUGAUGGACUGAAUUGUUCAGUAGCUUCAUCAAUUUGUACAUCUCGGAUAUGAAAAUGUUGAUGUUGAUGUGAGGAAAUUAUAUAGCUGCAAAGCAUAGCUGCUGGUUGCAGAAUCAAAAGUACGUUUUUACCUAAGCAUGUUCCUUCUAGAAUAUACCCCAUUUUGGUGACCCGCUGCUUGAGGGCAAAAAAGGAAAAGCCACUAUGCAGAUUUCAGACCCUCAGUUUCCCUGUGCUUGGUCCUUGGAGGGAGAAAUGUUACUCUAUGCUCUCAACUUCCAUUUGUAUGUUGAAGAGUUUUAUGCUAGAAGAUUUGUGGGUUAGAUCAUAGCAGAUGAACAUUUUGAUAUCUACCAUCUUUCAAACAUGUAGUUGCAUAU